AUGUUGCUCUCAGGUGGUGCCUGUCUUCGGCGUUUGCUGCUGCAGCAGCAACGGCUGUUGCUGCAGCAGCCUCUGCUGCAGCGGCAGCAGAGGACCUCAAACCGAUUUAUAGCAGCAGCAGCAACAGCAACAAGCGCAGAUGCACCCACAGCAGCAGCAGCAGCAGCAGGACUCACCACACGAAGAGCAGCAAGCUUGGGGUGUCUGUACACCUCAGAGUUGUACAGAUGGCCGACCUCCGCAGCAGUCAGUGCCAGCCCUGCUGCUGCUGCUGCUGCUGCUGCUGCAACAGCAGCAGAUCCUGUAGCAUCCAGAGCAGCAGCAACAGGCCGUGCAGCACCAGUAGGUACAAGUGUAGCAGCAGCAGCAGAGUCGCCAACAGCACCAUGCGCAUCAGCCGCAACAGCAGCACCAGCAGCAGCAGCAGCAGCAACAACAGCAGCAGGACCAGCAACAGCAGCACUCACCGCAGCAGCAGCCACAGCAACAAGACCAGCCCCAGCAGCAGCAGCAGCAUCAACCACAGCAGCAUCAACCACAGCAGCAGCAGCAGCAGGAGGAGGAGCCUUGCGUGUGUCUUUGCUGCGUCUGGGUGGCAGCAUAAACUCUCGCUCUUUGCUGCAGCAGUUUUAUAACUCUCUUCCUAUUCGCAGGAGUUAUAUUGCUGCUGCUGCUGCCGCUGAAGAGGAUGCUGUUGGCGCUGCAGUAGCAGCAGGCAGUGAUGAUGCAGCAGCAGAUGGUGCAGCAGCAGCAGCAGCAGCAGAUAGUGAUGCUUCAGUAGCAGUGCUGCAGCAGCAGCAGAUAUUGACUCUGCAGCAGCAGCAGACGAUGAUGCUGCAGCAGCAGCACUUGUGA